CCAGACAACGAGAACGUGCGCCGAGCAGCGUACACCGACGCGCACGGAGGAAUACAAAGUUUGCAAGAGGGAAUGUACUUCUGCUGCUUCUUUUAGACAGCCGUAUGACACUGGGAACGCCCGACCAACGGAUCUGUCUGCGUUCACGGUUGCUGUGGAUAUAGCAAAGCUCUUUGUCUGGCAGAAGGACCUAUAAAGGUACCUGUUGUGUUUGAGUGACACUUGGACCCAUCUUAUGCCAGUUCAGGGUGCGUGUGCAGCGCCAUGGUAACACACAGCAAGUUUGACACCGCCAUGAGCAGCUGCCCCUUGGAUGCCAACGUGCGGCUGGCUCCUCACCGUUUCAAGACUUUCAGCUCCAAGGUGCAGUACCAACUGGUGCAGCUCGCUGUCCGGAAGCUACAGGAGAGCGGCUUCUACUGGGCCUCGAUCAGUGGCAAAGAGGCCAAUGCCAUGCUGGCGCCGGAGCCCAGUGGGACCUUCCUGAUCCGUGACAGCUCUGACAACCGCCACUUCUUCACGCUGAGUGUCAAGACCGACUCAGGAACCAAGAACCUGCGUGUGCAAUGCGACAACAGGUCCUUCUUCCUCCAGACGGACCCUAAGAGCUCCCAGUCAGUGCCGCGCUUCGACUGCGUUCUGAAGCUCGUGCACCACUACAUGUUGUCGCCAAGGGCGCCAGCGGGCGCCGGGAAUGCCCGCUGUGCCUACUACAUUUACUCGGGUGGCGAGAAGAUCCCGCUGGAGCUGCUGCGACCGUUUUCCUGCACCAUGUCCUCCCUGCAGCACCUGUGCAGGAAGGCCGUGAACAGCCACCUGGACAUCUCCAGCGCCAGGGAGCAGCUGCCCCAGAACCUCAGCCACUUCCUCCAGGAGUACGACGCUGCCAUUUAGAGCACUGUGUCAGCUCAGUGCAGGUGUGCUGCCCCAGAGGAUUGUGGGUAGAGCUGCUGAACUGAAUAAAAUGAAGUAAAGCAGGGAGUUUGCUGCAGCGAGACUAUGGGACGGGCAAGCGUGCACACGGACAGUUAUUGCUUCACUUCUCUUGCUCUCCAAGCUUCAGGCCACAGAGAGUACAGUUUUGGAGAGAAGCUCAAUGUCAGUUUUAGACAAAACAACAUGAACUAAGUGCUGCUACUGGUCCCACUGACCAGGUUGGCCUUGGAGCCAUGGACUAGUGGAUCUCAACUGAACAGUCUUAUUUGCACCAUGACUUGUCAUCAGAACAGUGACCAUCCGGCUGUGGACGUCUGGCUGCCCCACACCUUUGCUUGCCUUGGGAGCCAGGGAUCAACUCCACCUGUACUCACAGGCCCCACCGUGGGCCCCUCCCGACCACACCCACCCGCUUCAGGGAGCAGAGAGCCCACAUUUCCUGCAAAUGGGAACCUGCCACUGUCUUCUUCCAAGUAAUCAUUAGUGCCUUUCAUGGAAAACAGUGAGUAAUAGCAUUGCCCAGGGGCAGAGAUAGUUCUGAGAAAUUACUUCAGGGAAAGUGACAACAGGGCAUGAGAAAAAGAAAUAACACAAGCAAACAGAACCUGAUCGUUGUUGUUUCUUGUUUUUUAUUCCAUAAACUGGUAUAGAUCAAAAAGGUAUAGAGAAAACAAAAAAUAUCCAAGAUGGCAAGAAUCAAUGAUGUUUGUUGUUGUUUUUACUUGAAGAGUAACAUCUUUGUUGAGAGUGUGUUCUGAGGAUGUGAGACAGCUAAUCAGAAGCCUCCCUUAAUUCUGAAGGAGGGGUGCCUUUGUGUGAGGUACAGAGUAGCAGAAGGUGGCCAUUUAUGAAUGUAUUUAGAUAGGGGAACCUAACCCUCCUGUCUGUCAAAGGAAGGGCCCAAGUUUCAACCCCCAUCUUAUUCUUGUACUUUAACAACACACCGUUUACAUGUGUGAAGAUAAUUUUUUAUCUGCUGUCUUUUGUAAAGAUGUUUCAAUCUUAUGUCUGCUCAUAUGACCCACUGAAAAAGCUUGAAGAUGAAACUAAACAAAACAAGAAACUAUCAAAAGCAAGCAGACUGAAAAUACUUUGCACAUAUUUAUAUUUAUAAAUCAUUUCAGUAAUUUAUAUUAAAGAGCACUAUUUUUUAUAAAAACAA